AUGGGAAAUUUAUCCAAUCGUCUCGGAAUACUGUCAUUUGUGAACUUCGGCGUUUUAGUUCUGUUCUCCUCGCGGAACAAUGUUCUGCUAUGGGUUACUGAUUGGCAAUAUUCGACGUUCAUUCUUUUGCAUCACUGGGUAGGCCGACUCGCGAUCCUGGAAGCCAUUCUACAUUCGCUGAUUUUCUUACGAGACUGGAUCGUCACGAAUAAGCUUGCGAAAGAUCAAAAUCUUCCCUACUGGUGGUGGGGUUGUAUUGGAACGAUUACUGCGUUUUUGCUUUUGCCGCUCUCUAUCCCAGUCGUACGUCUAAAUCGCUAUGAGUUGUUCCUUGCUACUCAUAUCGUCCUUUCGAUCCUGAUCUUCCUCGGGUCGUGGUACCAUAUUUACUUCAAGUAUAUGCAUCAGUCCGGCUAUGAGACUUGGCUUUAUAUUGUCUUCGCUAUAUGGGGAUUCGAUAGGCUUGUACGUCUGCUCCGACUUCUUCGACACGGCAUCUGCACGGCAACAAUCACUGUCAUCGACAAAGACUAUAUCAGACUUGAUAUUAAGGCAACUGUCGCCACCGGCCAUGUCUACCUUUAUUUCCUCAAUUCACGCUUCUGGGAAAGCCAUCCGUUCAGUGUUGCUAGCACCAUAAUUCAAAACACAAAGUCAGAGUCCAUGGGUAGCGAUACCCCGCCUGAAGGGUUGCAGACCGAAUCUCUCAACAACAAGAUGGAGCCGACCGUAACUUCUCAACCCGCAGAAGUAGCAGAGCCCGGCAUGGUAUUCUACAUGCGUACACUCAACGGCGCCACGAAAGCACUCCGAGCGAGGUGUCAUAUCCAACUACUAGUGGAAGGCUCGUACGGCCAUCACGAAGAUCUUUCCGAAUAUCCCACCUUGAUCUGCAUCGCAGGAGGGGUAGGAAUCACCGCCUGCCUCCCAUAUCUCCGCGCCCAUUGUGGCAGCAGGUAUCUCUACUGGGGCACGCGUAGCCAGGCUCUUGCCACAUCGAUGCAACCUCUGACUCACUUAUAUGAGAUGGAAAUUGCGGUCGGCCGCAGACUGGAUCUUGCUUCCAUUCUUGAGGGCCAGGGUGGCGACUUCGCUGUUGUCGUGUCUGGGCCGGCCAGCAUGGUGGACGAAACGCGCCAGAUUGUCAGUAUGCUUGCACGGAGAAAGCGUGUCAAGCUGGUGGUGGAGUCGUUUUCUUGGUGA